AUGGGAGGCCCUGUCGAGGAGCUUGUCAAUGAUUUUGGCAUCCAGUUCAUCCACAGCACCCCAUAUUACGCUCAGUCCAAUGGUCAAGCGGAGGCUAGCAACAAGACAAUCAUUACCUUACUAAAGAAGAUGCUGGUAGAGAACCCUCGACAAUGGCACGACACUUUGUAUGAGACACUUUGGGCUUAUCGCACUUCUAAUCGGAAUCCCACCUCGACGACGCCAUACGCACUCAUGUUUGGUCAUUACGCUGUCUUACUGUUAGAAAUUAAUGUUCAUUCCCUACGCGUGCAAGAGCAGCAUCAUUUGAUCGGCGAAGAUUACGUUCAGGCAAUGUGGCAGGAACACGAAGAUUUAGGCGAGCAGCGCUUGGCGGCUUUGGACAAUUUGGUAAUGGAAAAACAGCGUAUCGCCCGCGCUUAUGAUAAGCGGACUCGUGGUCGUAGUUACAAAGAAGGCGACCUUGUUUGGAAGGCUGUUUUACCCUUUGGCGAAAAGUUAACAGGCCGCGGUAAAUGGACGCCGCGAUGGGAGGGACCCUUUGUCAUCCACCGGAUCUUGAAGCGCGGGGCUUUUCACCUCAGAGACGUCGAUGGUGACAUCCAUCGCAACCCCAUUAACGGGCGUUUCUUGAAGAAAUAUUAUCCUAGUGUUUGGGAGUUCGAAGAUCCCCCUGAUCAAUCCCCUACCCAGACUGGGGGGCAACCAUAA